AAAAUAGUCUUGACUAAUCGAAUAAGUUAUAAAUGGAAAUAUGUCUAGCGAACACAAGAAAAAUCUAUUGGAAAGGUGAGAGCUAGCGAUAAAAAAAAGAAUGUGAAAGGGAAACGAAAGCAUGCUUUCAACUAUAGUCAAACAUAUCGUCUCGUUGGCACUUAAAGAACCAGAAGAAAAAACGUGACGACUAACGUGACGUUUCACAUACCUAUUCAAAAUCCUAAUGCACAUAUUAUCUCACCCUCUGUAUAUAUUAUGCAUCCAAGUUGAUACUUUAGUUUAUAAAUGUGGAUCCAACUAAACAAUCAAUCCAACUCAUAUCUCUCUCUCUUAUACAUCUCUCUCGCUCUUGUCUCUCUGAGAAACAUAGAUGGAUAAAUCAUCAAUCCAGUGCUUUUUAUUCAUACUUCUCACCAUCAUCGUCACUUUUAUUUCAUGUUCGAAUGCUCAAAGAGAAGUUGAGGAUGAAAGUGAAUUUAGCUACGAGCAGAACGUAGAGAACGGGCCGGAGAAAUGGGGGAAACUGAAACCGGAAUGGAAAAUGUGCGGAAAAGGAGAGAUGCAAUCUCCCAUUGAUCUUAUGAAUGAAAGAGUUAGAAUUGUUUCUCAUCUUGGAAGGCUUACUAGAAACUACAAACCUUGCAAUGCCUCUCUCAAAAAUAGAGGCCAUGACAUGAUGCUGAGAUUUGAAGAAAGGCCAGGAAGUAUUAAGAUCAAUGGUAUUGAAUAUCAACUCCUACAGCUUCAUUGGCAUUCUCCCUCUGAACAUACGAUCAAUGGAAGAAGGUUUGCUCUGGAACUACAUAUGGUUCAUGAAAGCAUUAACGGAAGUAUGGCUGUAGUCACAGUGCUUUACAAAAUUGGAAGAUCAGACUCGUUUCUCACCUUGUUGGAAAAUAAAUUGUCGGCGAUGACAGAUCAAAACGAGGCAGAGUUUAAUAUAGGAAUGAUUGAUCCAAAGGAGAUUAAGAUAGGGAGCAGAAAAUAUUAUAGAUAUGUUGGAUCACUUACCACUCCUCCGUGUACCCAAAAUAUCACUUGGACCGUCGUCAAAAAGGUAAGGACCGUGGCGAGAAACCAAGUGAGACUACUCCGAGUGGCUGUUCAUGAUGAUUCAAAUACAAACGCAAGGCCGGUUCAACCUACAAAUAAGCGCGUGGUGAAAUUAUACAGACCAAGAUCUUACUGAAUCCGAUACAAUACACUAUAUUCAUUUUAUUUUUACAAUAUUGUAUGUAUGCAAUACUAAAUAAAUGAUGUGUUUCUUGAUUAUA